AUGUAUUCGGGAGGGUUGCUUCUCAAUCAGCUCUCCGAGGUUCUACUGGGAUACAGCACAUGCGGGUGGUUCAGUGGAAGGUUGCCAUGCACGCCACUUCAUAAAGAGGAGAUAGCGAAGCCAGCGCUCACAUCAGUCUUGGGAAGCGCCCGUGCCGUGCCACCCGACUUCCCCGCAUCCGGCAAUGGGAUGUGGUACACGACGCCUGGCACUACUUGGGAGACAAGUUGGUUACCUAUAGGCAAUGGCUACCUCGCUGCUAUGUUACCCGGUGGUACUGCACAAGAGACCACGCAGUUGAACAUUGAAUCGCUAUGGGCAGGUGGUCCGUUUCAGCAACCUGGAUACGACGGGCAAAGUAAACCCUUAAAGGACCGUCAAGAGCUUGCAGAGUUCGUGCAAAUUAGUCGGCAGGCUGUCUUCGCUAGUCCCAACGGCACGAUCAGCGAUUACGACUCCGUCAUGGGAGCUAACUUUACUUACUACGGCUCUUAUGUUGGCGCCGGAUAUUUGCUCUCGACGCUGAAUAGCAGCAGCAAAGUGGAUAACUACGUCCGAUGGCUUGACCUGGAUGCCGCAGUUACACGAACUCAGUGGGACGAAGAGAGCACAGGGUCUUCUUUCACUCGGACAACGUUCUGCUCCAACCCUUUGCGCGCUUGCAUCGAGCAUACCAACGCGACAGACGGACUUCCAGCAUUGACAUACACAUUCUCUCCUUAUGCCGAAGACGGUCUCCCUGCACCAAAUGUGACUUGUCUCGACAGCUCGACUCUGCAGCUGCGUGGUACAGCGGGAGAUCCAGGCAUGUUGUAUGAACUCCUCGGUCGAGCUACAGUCGUCGGCGGAAACGUGUCGUGUGCAGCCAUUUCUGGCAUCAAUGGUUCGGUGAACGCUACGCUCACAGUAUCUGGUGCAUCUGAAUCUUGGUUCACUUGGGUCGGCGAUACCGAGUACGAUAUGGAAGCUGGGGAUCCGGCACACGGAUUCAGCUUCAAAGGCGACGAUCCUCACGACGCAUUGGUAUCACUCAUCGAGAGUGCGACCGAUUCAAACACCGUGUAUGAGUCGAUCUUGCGGCAACACAUUUCCGACUAUGCGAACGUAACUACCAAGUUUGCUCUAGACAUUGGUCAGAAACCCGACUUGGAUACGCCUACGGACAAUCUGUACAAGGCCUACGCAGUGAACUCCGGUGAUCCAUACAUCGAAUGGCUCCUAUUCAACUUCGGAAGGUACCUGCUUGUCUCAAGCUCAAGAGGCGCAUUACCGGCCAACCUGCAAGGCAAAUGGGCCCAAUACAUCAGCAAUGCGUGGAGCGCCGACUAUCACGCGAACAUUAAUACACAGAUGAACUAUUGGGCGGCGGAGCUAACUAACUUGCCAGAAGUUACGCAACCGCUCUGGGACUAUAUGGAGAAGACGUUGGUACCCAGGGGGCAAGAAACGGCGCUUGCGCUGUACAAUACUACGCAAGGCUGGGUCACACAUGACGAGAUGAACAUCUUCGGUAGCACAGGCAUGAAGUUGUCGGCCCAAGGUGACCAGUGGGCCAACUAUCCCGAGUCGAACGCUUGGAUGGCGGCAAUUCACGUAUUUGACCAUUUCGAUUACACCCAUGACGUUGCAUGGUGGCAGAAGCAGGGAUGGCCGUUACUGAAGGGGGUGGCGCAGUUCCAUCUCACAAAGUUGAUCGCCGACCAGCACUUCAACGAUUCCACGCUCGUCGUAGCACCCUGCAAUUCUCCAGAGCAGGCACCCAUAACAUUCGGUUGCGCACAUGGCCAGCAGCUAAUUUGGCAGCUUCUCAACGCGGCGGACAAAGGCUUUGCAUCUUCCGGCGACGAUGACACGGCCUUUAUCAACGAGGUGCGAACAAAACGAGAUGCGAUGGAUAGAGGUAUUCACAUCGGUAACUGGGGACAGUUCCAGGAGUGGAAGUUUGACAUGGACAAACCGAACGACACCCAUCGUCACCUUUCGCACCUCAUUGGUCUCUACCCAGGCUACGCACUUGCUUCUUACAACGUCAGCUUGCAACCAUCCUACUUGCCUUCUGGCGUUCUUGCCAACUACACCAGCGAGGCAGUUAUUGACGCCAUUACUACCACACUCAUACACCGCGGCAAUGGCACUGGUCCCGACGCUGACUCGGGAUGGGAGAAGGUGUGGCGUGCAGCCUGCUGGGCUCAACUGAGGAACGCGGACAAGUUCUACUUCGAGUUAUCUUAUGCCAUAGAGCGUAACUACGCGGGCAACUUCUUCAGCCAGUACUCUCCAGGCAACCCACCUUUCCAAAUUGACGCCAACCUCGGCUACCCCGCAGCGCUCCUUAAUGCUCUAGUUCAAGCUCCGGAUACCGCCGACCUCGAUCAACCCCUUGUUGUGACGCUGCUGCCCGCUUUGCCCGUGUCGAAGUGGCCAGACGGAUCCAUCUCAGGUGCUCGGCUACGCGGGGGCAUGACGCUAGACUUCUCGUGGAAAAAUGGUGUUCCAACGACGGGAAAAGUUGUCGUCGACGGACCUUCUACUCUGCCACGUCCGGUGCAGGUGGUUUAUAAUGGUCGAGUUGUGGCGAGUCUUUCUGACAAGCGAACACAUGCAUCUCACGCUCAUGAGCGCGUACGACUGGAUAGUCACGCGCAACCGAUCAAAGCAGCUGGUUUUCCGGCGAGCGGUAAUGGACUGUGGUACUUGCAACCUGCGAAAGAUUGGGCAACAAAAUAUUUGCCCAUUGGGAACGGGUAUCCUGGAGCAAUGCUCGCUGGCGGGACAGCUCAAGAGAAUACGCAGCUCAACAUCGAGUCGCUGUGGACUGGCGGUCCCUUCGAAUACUCAAACUACACCGGUAACAAUAAGCCCGCACGGGAUCGCGACCUACUCGCGGACUUCGUGAGACGAAGUCGUCAAGAUGUGUUCGCGAGUGAUAAUGGAACAAUCGAAGAGUACGACAGCACGAUGGGCGUUGAUAGUUCGCUUGGAGGCUCUUAUGCAGGCGCGGGAUAUCUGAUAUCCUCGCUGGGAAACCAGUUGAGCAACGCCUCCAGCCAGUACUCUCGGUGGCUCGACCUGGAUGCGGCGCUUGUGCGCACCCAGUGGACACAAGCAAACUCUACCUUUCUCCGCACGUCAUUUUGCUCUCAUCCGCUGCACGCGUGCGUAGAGCAUACAGAGUCCACGGCCACGAUCGCCUACCUUGCGUAUGGCUUAUCUAUAUCGCAAGAGCAAGCUCUGCCUCCCUCAAACGUCACUUGCUAUGACAACUCAACCCUCAUGCUGCGAGGGCGCCUGUCAGAGCCCGCUGGCAUGCUAUACGAGAUUUUAGCGAGAGCGCGGUCCGACAGCGGGGAGAUAUACUGUAGCUCGGUUCCUAGCACCAACGGCAAUGCGAACGCUACUCUCACUGUUCGAGGCGGCCAUGAAGCAUGGCUAACAUGGACUGGAGACUCCGAAUACGACAUGAAUGAAUGCGGCUCUCUCGUUUCCAUGCUCGAGGAGGCCACGGACAAGCGAAUCACGUACGCCACCAUCCUCCAGGACCACAUCGAGGAUCACAACCACGUAGUAUCUGGCUUCAUUCUUGAUCUCGGACAAGUCCCAGAUCCCUCGACUCCCACAGACGAACUCUACGCUGAAUACGAAACCGACGUUGGCAACCCGUACCUGGAAUGGGUCCUGUUCAACUACGGCCGCUACUUACUCGCUUCGAGUGCACGGGGGUCACUACCGGCUAACCUGCAAGGGAAGUGGGCAAGCGAUUACACGAACGCUUGGAGCGGUGACUACGUCGCAAACAUCAACUUGCAGAUGAACUACUGGUUCGCGGAUAUGACUGGCAUGUCUGAGCUCACCCAGUCUUUGUGGGACUGCAUGGAAAAGACGUGGGUUCCCCGCGGCACAGCGACGGCGAACAUCCUUUACAACAUCUCUCAUGGAUGGGUUACUCAUAACGCGGUGAACUUAUUUGGCAGCACCGGAAUGCAACUCGGCGAAGAUGGCGACGAAUGGGCAAACUACCCAGAAGCCGCAGCUUGGAUGAUGAUCCAUGUUUGGGACCACUUCGACUACACUCACGAUGUUGCAUGGUGGAAGAGCCAAGGGUGGCCCCUGCUCAAAGGCGUCGCACAGUUUCAGAUCGCCAAGCUCGUGGAGGACGUGCACUUCAAUGACUCGACAAUGGUAGUUGCGCCAUGCAACUCGCCGGAGCAAGCGCCGAUCACGUUUGGCUGCGCUCAUGCGCAACAGUUGAUCUGGCAGCUCUUGAAUGCGGCAGAGAAGUGCUACAAAGUUGCCGGAGACGAUGAUGUUGCAUUCAUUGCAGACGUUCGUGAUGGACUGACGCGCAUAGAUUCGGGCGUACAUAUUGGAUCCUGGGGUCAACUACAAGAGUGGAAGUUCGAGAUGGACAAACCAGAUAAUACACACCGACAUCUAUCACAUCUUGUCGGGCUUUACCCGGGCUACGCGCUCGCAUCCUAUAGUAACACGUCCCAGCACACUUUUGCUCCGUCUGGUACUCGCGAAGACUACACGACCGAGCAAGUUCUUUCAGCGGCGAGAGUCAGUUUGCAGCAUCGAGGGAACGGUACCGGCCCCGACGCCGACUCUGGCUGGGAGAAGGUGUGGCGCGCGGCGUGCUGGGCCCAGCUUCGGGACGCGGAUGCGUUCUAUCACGAGCUCUCCUACGCCAUCGAGCGAAACUAUGCGCCGAAUCUGUUUAGCAUGUAUGCGCAAAACAGUCCGCCGUUUCAGAUCGACGCCAAUUUGGGGUAUCCGGCCGCGCUCCUCAACGCACUGGUACAAGCUCCGGACACCGCUACUCUCGACGAGCCGCUUAUCGUCACCCUCCUUCCUGCCUUACCUAUGACGAAGUGGCCCGACGGUGCGGUCAAAGGCGCACACAUACGAGGAGGGAUUAUUGUGGAUCUUACAUGGAAAAGCGGCAGACUCAGGGAAGCUUUCUUGACAAUGAAAGGAUCCAAGGCGCUGCAUAGGCCAGUCAAGGUGGUGUAUGCAGGAGACAUUGUUGCGAAGUUCAAUACAGAAGGAAGUAGUAACGUGAAGAUAACCGUCUGA